ACACCCGAUCGCUCAAUUCUCACCUCAUCCAUCAACGGGAGGUACAGGACAGGCAGGGGGACCGAUCCUAAUAAUAUUUAGACAUUUAAUUAAUCGUCUAGAUUAAUUAAAAUUAAUCUGACCAUCGGAAGGUAUAGAGUAACAACAUUUCAACAAGAAACAACUAGCAUAUCCAUCCGGCCUAGACCUAGCUAAAGUCUAGGCCCUAGGCCUAGCCCUUCGUAGGCCUGCUGCUACUACGUACUACUACUACGACCCUACCUAAAAAAGUUCUCGAGGCUUGCUUGGAUAUUCUCUCGUCCCUGUCUUCUAUGGUUGGGUAAGUUGUAGCGGAAUCGUUUAGUAGCUUUCAACAACAAACUUAUGCAUAAAAAAGCCUGAAUGGAACACACGUAUGCUUAACUACAGGGCCCAACCUUAAAACCACUGUACAGUUGUAUGUCUUCCAUUUAUUCUGAUACGCCACCCAUAAUGCAAUGCUAGAGAAGAGGCGUUGCCGUUGUGCUACUUGUGUUGGCAUUGUCUGCCUCAUCAUUGUGGUGAUUACAAAUCUGUUCCUUAUUCGUCCUAAAUUUACUGCCAACAGGUUACCAGAGAUUGAAGAAAACGGACCAAAUCAAGAGAGGAUAUGGGAACAAAGGUUAAUGAGGUUGAAGCAGGCGACAGGGAGUCAAGAAGCUGAACCAGAUUUGAGCAAAGCAGAGUUACUUCUGCAAGGUUCAACAUGUACGCCAAACAAAGCAAGGAAUAGGUUAUUCAAUCUGUUUGGAGAUACAAAGUUUGAUCUUUCAAUGUCAAUUUUUUUAGAUGAACAUAAUAAAAAUUCUGAGGAAAAUUUGAGGUACCCACCACCAUUUGGUAUGGAAGGAGCUGAGCCUUGGUUAGAUAGUGUAUUAAAACUUCUACCAGAGAGUGGCCUUCCGUAUCAUAUAGCCAAGAAAUCUUGUCGUCGUUGUAUAGUUGUUGGAAACGGCGGUAUCCUCUCUAAAAAGAAUCUAGGUGAAGUUAUUGAUAAUUAUGAUGUUGUAAUUAGAAUGAAUGAUGCACCGAUAGGUAAAUUUAAAAGUGAUGUUGGGUCAAAAACAACAUUUCGUUUUAUGUAUCCAGAAGGAACAUACAAGGACCCAAAACUUUUUCACUCCAACUCCACUGUUGUGUUCAUGACCUUUAAACCUAAGGACCUUGAAUGGCUUCAGUCUGUGUUAACCAAUGUAAAACUUAAAUCUACUAAAGAAUUUUGGAAGAAAAUUCCAACAUCGCUGCCAAAAAAACCAAGUCAAUGUAGACUAUUCAACCCAUCAAUCCUACAAGAACUUGCAUUUGAUAUUUUAAAACUUCCAAUAAAUAAAGGAAUUAUGAAAAAGAAUGUUCCAACUACUGGAGCUCUUGCAAUCAUGUUCUCGGCACGAUUCUGCGAUGAGAUCGCUGUUGCUGGCUUCGGUUACAACCUCAAAGACCCUAACGCAAAGCUACAUUACUAUGACAACAACAAGAUGAAGGUCAUCACCAAGUCGUGGACGCAUAAUAUAAGCGACGAACGUAAAUUUCUGAUGGCACUUGCACAAUUUGGAGUUAUACACGACCUUACAGGUGGUCUGUUGCAAGGGGGUUAAUGAAUGUGUCAAAAGGUGUUAUGGUUUAUUUGAAUAAAUGUCCUGGUGCAUUUAUUAUUGAGAAUUUUUUUUUUUUGGGGGGGGGGGCACUAUUCAAAGGAGGCAUGGCACUAUUCAAUUGAGGCGUUAGUUUUUUGGUGUAAAAUGGAAAGUAUAUUCAAAUAAACGCCCCAUAAUUUCACUGUAAAAGAAACUACAACGCAUAAUAACAGUACCUUGAACAAAAUGUGCUAUUGUGUGAUCAUAAAGAAUGUAAUUUUGCUGGAGUAGAAAUUAAUAAAAAUAUUGAGAAUGAUAUUCCUUCCAUUAGAUUUGUUUACAGUCAUUUAUUGCGGUGUUUAUUCAAGGGAAAAAAUAAACUCUUCAGUUAUAUUUAAAAUAGUUCUAGAGGGGGAGUUUAUUAGAAUAAAAACGGUACUUGAGUGUAUAACGUAUUGCAUUUACAUGCUGUUGAUAAUGUAUGUAUAUAUACUGUAUAUAUUUAUAUUUGUACACAUAUUUUGUUAUAUUAUGAAUUAUAUAGUACUAUUUAUGCAUAUUUUAUUUAUUUUUUAGACUUGUUUUAAAGACUUUUAGCAAAAUUUAGUUUUGAAAGAUAUGAAGAGGACGGUAUUACAGACCCCUGUUUAUAAUUUAGAUUCUAGAAGGAGAAAAUAAAAAUAAGAUUUUAUUAACUAAUUAUAUGUGAGUGGGAAAAACAAAAUGACAUGUACUCUCACUGUACAAAGAAUCUAAACAUGUGAUUUAAUGAGUUCAGUAAUUGGAUUAAUAAUAAUUUAUAUUUACUGUAUUUAAUUGUGGGGAAGAAAUAAAGAUUUCUUAUUGCAAGAUUUCGUGGUGGCAGCACGGUAAUGGUUGCACAAACAGAUAGAUAUUAUACAUGUAAUAGUGACUAUACUGUAUACAUAAUAGUGAUUAUUAACUGUAAUCCUUUUGUAAUGAAUAGAAUAUGAAAGUUUAAAAGUGGUUAUAGCACUAACACACAUGGCUUCAAAGAAAUUUAUAUUUUAUAUAAUAUGCUUAUCCCCACCAAUGAAAAUUUGAUUUGUAAAAUAGAAAAAAGUUAUAUACGAAAAAUUACACAAUGGAAUAUUUCUUUAGUUUAAAAGCUUCAAUGAAACAUGCUGACCUUAAUUUCACACUAAAGGAGAUUUUUUAAUGACUUUCUCAUAGAAAAGAAAUGUCAUCCCACUAAAAUUAGUAUAUUAUGGCUUACUCUUAGGCUAGUGUAAGGUUAAUCGAAUCGUGUAUACUUGUACAUGGCAUAACAGAGUACAGUUCAUUAAUCCACAAUCCGACCCCAGAUUAGUGUAUGCCAGUGAGUUUCGAGUCCUGCAUUAAUGAUUUUGAGGCUAGGAUUUGGCCAAUCUCUUAAGCUUAGAUGUAACAAGAAAUAAAAAAGCAUAGUUACACAAUGGAUGGUUAUCAUUAAAUAUGCCUGAUGUAUCUCUCGAGUCUGAAUUUACUGUCUGUGUUGACAAAUUUAUUCAAGUUAAAAAUAUUUUCUCACCUAUCAACAGUAAUUAAUGUAACAAAUAUUGGAAUAAAAGUUCUGUAAAUCUGAGAAAACUGAA